UUUCUUUUAAACUGGCGUAUUUGGUGUUGGAUAAUAUGGUGGUUAUCACAAAUUUGGAUUACAAUACAACUUUGGCAAGGCAAAAAUGAAAAACUUGCUCCUAUAGAGAAAAUUUUCUAUAAUUCUAAUUACGAUACAAUCUUGAUUGAUCAGUUUUUAGGAUUAAAUAAAAGGAAACAUGAAAAUUAUCAUACUGCUAAAGAAAAGGAAUCCUCAGACUCUAUUAUGGAAUUUGAGGUUUUACUUUUUGUAGUAUAUUACUUUUGUAUUGAAACAUUUCAGAUGAGUUCAAACAAAAUAUAUGAUUUAAAUAAUACUGAUUCAAUACAUUCUAAGAAUAAUAUAACUAACAAAAGAAAUACUCAUGUUCCUCAAAUUUAUGCUUGUGCGACUAUGUGGCAUGAAAAUAAACAAGAAAUGAAUGAGUUGAUUGGAAGUAUUUUAAGACUCGAUAAAGAUCAAUGUGCCAUGAAAGUUACACAGAAGUAUUAUAAUAUUUCUAUUAAAGAUUAUUAUGAACUUGAAAAAACAAUGCAGGAAAACAUAAAAAGUCUUGGUAUACUUGAUAUACCACCAACUAAAUAUCCAACUCCUUAUGGUGGUCAACUUGUUUGGAAUUUACCUGGAAAAACAUGUCUAACAGUACAUCUUAAAGAUAAAAAUAAAAUCAGACACAGAAAACGAUGGAGUCAGGUCAUGUACAUGUAUUAUCUUCUUGGGUAUCGUUUUAUGAACUCAUCAAUAGAUUUUGAUACUAAAGAACUGGUGGCAGAAAAUACUUACAUCCUAACAUUAGAUGGAGAUGUUGACUUUCAACCAGCAGCUGUUAAAGCAUUGAUAGAUUUGAUGAAAAAAGAUAAGGAGUUAGGAGGAGCUUGUGGAAGAAUACACCCAAUAGGAAAAGGUCCCAUGAUUUGGUUUCAAAAGUUUGAAUAUGCUGUUGGACAUUGGCUUCAAAAAUCAACAGAGCACACAAUAGGUUCUGUUCUAUGCAGCCCAGGCUGCUUUUCUCUUUUUAGAGCAAAAGCUUUAAUGGAACAUAACGUUAUAGCUAAAUAUGCUACAAAGUCAACUGAACCCAAACAUUAUAUUCAAUAUGAUCAAGGAGAAGAUCGAUGGCUUUGUACAUUAAUUUUACAAGCUGGUUGUAAAGUAGAAUAUUGUGCAGCUAGUGAUGCUUACACACAUGCUCCAGAAUCAUUUGAAGAAUUUUAUAUUCAACGUCGGCGAUGGAUACCAUCAACCAUGGCUAACAUUUUUGAUUUACUAGAAACUUCAAAGGAAACCAGAAAGUUAAAUAAGAAUAUUUCAUGGCCUUAUGUAGCUUAUGAAUGGAUUUUAACAGCUUAUAGCAGCAAAAGUUAUUACUAUCUUAUAUAGUUUAGUAAUGAUAAUUGUAUUAGUUGGAAUAAUAUUACAAAUAGCAGCAGAUGGACUCAUUGCACCCAAUGCUCUUUUAUUUUUUAUUAUAAUCGGUCAAUUUACAAUGACAGCCUUUUUACAUCCUCAAGAAUUAUCAUGUUUACCUAAUGCAGCAAUUUAUUAUGUUACUGUACCAUCUAUGUACAUGUUACUCAUCAUUUUUUCUAUCUUCAAUUUACAUAAUAUUACAUGGGGGACCAGAGAAUCAAAAUUACAAAGACAAAUGUAAAACUUCUAAACAUAAGAAUUCAAAGGAAUUAGAAAAAUACUUAGAAUUUAUUCAUACCUCUAUAACUGAAAUUAAUAUUCGUUUAAAGCACAUAGAAAGUACUUUGGAACUCAACAAUAUAUCAAAAAAUAAUAUAGAAGAAAAAAAUAAUGAUCAAAAUAAAAUAUAUGAUGAAGUACAAUUGCAAGUUUCUGAAAACUUGAAUACAAAUAUAGAUUCAGAAACAGAAACUUCGGAAUAUAGCUGCGCCAGUGAUUAUCAAAAUGAUCCAAAUUAUGUAAUAAAUCCUCACUGGAUACAAGAUGAACAUUUGAAAAAUGGAAAAAUUGAUUUUCUUUCGUACGCAGAAGAAGAAUUUUGGAGACAGUUAAUUGAAAAGUAUUUACAUCCUAUCGAAAUUGACAUGGAAAAACAAGUACAUUUAGCAAAAGAGUACAAGCAUUUGGAACCAAUUGGAUGUCUCUUCAUUGUUGCAUUUGUUUUUAUUUUGUUAAUUCAAUUUUUAGCUAUGUUAAGUCAUCGAUUCAAAACAUUUAUCCAUAUACUUGCUAAUGUGAAAUUAAGUUUACCCUGUUUUAAAAAGAAAAGAAAUGUAUCAAAUGAUUUAGUCACUAGUACACAUGCAAAAAAUAUAGCAGAAGGUCUCCAAAGUGCAAUUGAAAAUCAUACAAUAAACAAUUUAAGAAAUAGAUCAGAAUCUUCUUUAAAAAAACGUAGUAUUAUUCGAGAUUUGAUAGAAGAUACUCAAGAUUUUUCGAAGAGACCUUCUAAUUUUGAAGUUCUCUUCAAUAAGAAAUUAAGGGAUAAAUCUGGAUUUAAGAAAACAAUGUCUUUAAGAAUACCAAAAGACGUACUGGAAGCAUUCGAACAGCGUCGUUCAAAUAUUUUGACAGAACAUAAGUUGCGAUCUCAAAAUAAUAAAUAAGAAAUAUUUUAAAAAAUAUAUACAUACUUGACGUUUAUCUUAUAUAAAUACGGUUUUUUUUGUCAUAUAAUUGUCAUAAACACGCAUUUCAUGAAACAUAAUACAUAAUACACACUACAUGCUAUUACUACACUACUUACAUAUUGGCUAAAGUCUAAGGAUUUAUGUGGGUUAGUAUUCCAUAAUUUUAAAAUAAUAGUUGCCAACAUAGGAAAUAAAAAAUUCCAGAUUCAAUGCAAGUUCUCUUGUCUCUAAUUCUAACCUCUACUUGUAACUAUUGUAAAUGUUACAGCCCAAGUAAUAUAUAAACUAUAUAACCUCUUUUGCUAAUAGUGUUAACAUUUUAGAAUGACAAAUUCUCCUGAACUUGAAAAAAGUAAACCAAUAGAUUCUGAACAAAGUUCUUCAGAAAGUUCUGAAGAAAAUAAACAUGACAAUGAGUCUGAGAAAUCAUUAAAGACAAGAGAUAGUGCAAAAUCAAGUGAUAGUGAUGGAGAAACAACCUUAGCACCAAAAGAAAAUAGUGGUUCAGAAGCAGAUAAUGACAUAAAAAAGAUAAAACCAUUAAUAGAUUCUGAUUCAGAAAGUGAGCCAGAAGAUAAACAAACUUUAGCUCCAACAGCAGAUGCUCUUUUUGGAGAUGCUAGUGAUAUCAGCACAGAUGAUGAAAAAGAUAAAGAUGAGAAAAGAGAAAAGAGCAGAAGUAGAAGCAGAAGC